AUGGAUAAGGACGAAACCAACACAACCUACCGCAGCAACGCCACGCAAGGAGGGUCGAAAGGACCAACUUUUACCUCAGACAAAACAAAGACAAAAAUGGCAGCCAAAACAAACAAGAAGUGGGUCCGUCUGGCUACUGUAUUGGCUUAUGUACUGGCCGUUUCCCUUGCAGCCAUCGUUCUGGCUACUUACUACAGUCUCAUAUGGGAGCCUAAGUUAAAAUUCAAAAACCCAACACCGACGCCACCGGACGGAAUGAAUAAUUCCACAAACAAUAGUUAUACUUCAACGGCAAGCCCUUGA